AACUGCCCUGGGUUUUCCUGCCCGUCCGGUCCCGUCCCAUCCCGGCGCGGGGCCGGGCCCGGCGGGGCGCAGCCCGGGGACCCCGGCCCGGUAUCGGUUCUGCUUUCGGGGGAGGCGGCGAUUUCGCAGUAACGGGGGGCGGGUGCCACCUGCCCCGGGGAUUCCCCACCUGCCGCCGCCCCAUAAGAGCCCGGUGGCGGCGCCGGUGGCGGCACCGACCCGCCAUGGACCCGCUCCGACGCCUCUGCCUCCCGCUGCUGCUGCUGCUGCUGCCGCCCGCGGCCCCGGCCCCGGCCCCGGUCCCCGGCCCCAACUGGGCCGCCUGCAAGAGCCUCUCUCGGGAGCUGUCGGGGCUGGUGGCGACCCUCAAAGAGCCCCACGGAGUCCUGGAGGACACGCACCUGAGCGAGGAGGACCCCAAGAACUGGCCCCCCCGGAUCCGCUGCAGUGACGCCUGCGACCCCUCCAAUCUGGACACCAACAACACGCGCUGCCUGCACCGCAUCCUCCAGGGGCUGCAGCACUACCGGGACCUGCUGAGCUCCGACAUCUUCACCGCCCGCCGCCUGCCCCCGCUGGAGGCCGCCCUGGAGCAGCUGCUGGGGCUGGUGCAGGUGAGGGGAUGGGGGCCGGGACCCCCGCCGGGAGCCCCCGCACCCCAUCAGCCCCUUAACGCCGCUGUCCCCACAGAAGGAGCCCGCCCGCCCGCCCCGGCGCCCCAUGGCCCGCAGCGAUCCCUGGGCUCAGCCGCUGCUGCAGCGCCUGGCGCUCCAGCGCCUCCAGUCCUUCAGCACCAUCAUGAGCCGCGUCUUCACCCACAGCGCCGGCCCCCGCUGAGGCCCGGGGGGGGGGCCCGACUAUUUAUUCCCCUCCGGAGGGGUUAUUUAUGUGCUGUUGGACGCUAUUUAUCGCGGGUAUUUAUGGGUUGCGAAUAAAGGGCUG